UCAAAGCCUUUCCCACCUCAACCACAAAGGCCUUCAAACUUCAAACUCACCUCCACUUCUCCACAAGCAUGCAAAACUACUCCAAGCGACCCAAACUCGACGCAGCCACAGCCCCACCGCAGCUUACCCAAAACCCACUUGCUCCACCGCCUCGACGCCUCUCCCACGAGCAAGAACUCACCGUAAUUGUGUCCGCUCUUCGUAACGUCGUCGCCGGCAACACCACCGCCAACACCAUGGACUUCAACUCUCUCUUCCCUUCCUACUACUGCCCCACCGUCACUUCCUCCACCUCCUCCGCUCCCGCCCAAUUCUCUGGCUCCGAUGUCGACACGUGUCCUGUUUGUAACAUUAGAGGCUGUCUCGGAUGCAAUUUUUUCCCGCCGGUUCAGGAGGAGAGCAACAAGAAGGGACCCAAGAAGAGGGUGAAGAAGAACUUCAGGGGAGUGAGGCAGCGGCCUUGGGGGAAAUGGGCCGCCGAAAUCCGAGACCCGAGGAGAGCCACUCGGGUCUGGCUCGGUACAUUCCAAACGGCCGAGGAGGCGGCCCGAGCCUACGACAAGGCAGCCAUUGAGUUUCGCGGCCCCAGAGCGAAGCUCAAUUUCCCAUUUCCGGAUAAUUCUUUGACGUCGAUGAACCAAGAAAUCGCAACGCCGCCGGCACAGGCGCCCAUUCAGGUACUACCCCAGAAGCAGAAUAAGGUAGUUGCUGCCGAUCGCGAAGCAAAGCAUGAGAACAAGAGCGAGGAUUCAAAAGAAAUGGAAUGCGAUCGCGAGUUCUGGGAAAGGAUUGGAGAAGACGAGCUGUUUCAGCAAUGGAUUAUGACGGACUACGCAGCUUGUCAUUCGUCGGAUUCUGGAAACGGAUCUGCCGGAAAUUCUCACAGUUACUAAUGCUUGAAGCAGAUUAAAUUAGAUGCUUGGUCCCAUUAUUGUACGUAGGCUGGAGAAUCAGUUCAUUAGUUGUCUAGUUAUUGUUCUUUGAUUAACAUUCAUGUGGAGUUUCUUGUUUUUGAGGGAGAAAUUCACAUUGUGUUACUGUUUGGUUAAGGAUUGCGAUGUAAAAUUUGACGUAUAUAUUGAUUAUCAUAAGCAUGAGAUUACCUUAA